AUCGAUACUCUCGGCGAUCGGUUUGUCGGGAGAAUCAAGAUGGCGGCUCUCGCUAUAGCUGGAGUCUGUUUAUUCUUUAGAUGUUAAUAACAAACGGUAAUAACCAACUUCUCCACCAGUUGCCCUGGUUUUCGUGCACCAUGAGGACUAGGACCGUCUUUUGCAGACGGAACUAACCGGAAAAGGAUAAAGGGUCCUCGUCCAAAGCCUGCGAGAUGUGCGAGAGCUAUGCCCGAUCGCUGCUGCGGGUUUCGGUGGCGCAGAUCUGCCAGGCGUUGGGCUGGGACGCGGUUCAGCUCACUGCCUGCGAUCUGCUUUCCGAUGUCCUGCACCGGUACAUCCAGCAACUGGCCAGGGGCUGUCACCGCUACUCGGAGCUGUAUGGACGCACCGACCCGAUGCUGGAUGAUGUGGGCCAGGCCUUCAGGCUCCUGGGUGUGAACGUGAGCGAGCUGGAGGAUUAUAUCCACCACCUGGAGCCGGUGGAGUUCCCCCACCAGACGCCCCUGUUCCCCGUCAGCAAGAACAACAUGCUGCAGUUCCCCCAGCCCGGCGCACGCGAUUCAGAGGAGAGGAAGGCCUACAUCCCUGACUACAUGCCCCCCCUCGUCUCCUUACAGGAAGAGGAAGAAGAGGAGCAGGUUCUCCCUGACAUGGGCACGUCGGCUGAAGCCAUGCAGGUCCCACUGGAUGAGGAAGAGGAGGAGGACAUGGACAUGGAUGAGGACGAGGCCGUCAAUGAUGAGAAUUACCUGGCCAAGAGGCGUCUCGACAGCCCCACCUCUAUGGGCGUGGUCCCUGCCGCAAAGAGGCCACGCCUCCCAGGUUUCCGCUCACCAGACAGCCCGGACUGGGGGACCGAACCACGGGAACCACUCAGCUCACUCAACCCCCAGCGGGUCCCAGCCCCCGUAGGGGUUUCCCCUCUCCACCCCCACGACGGUUCGGGCUCCCAGGCUACAUCCCCUGGAGCGACGGACCACAUCCCCGCAUCCAGAGCACAGCUGCCUACACCCAAGAUCCCCAUCACCCCUGGUCGAAAACCCAAAGUCGGUUCACCUGGCAGGCAGAGGGUCAAAUCCCCAAAGAGGGCCAGCUCCGGCGGCCUGCCUGGCAGCCCGGCCCGCUCACCAAAAGCCUCACAGAAAGAGAAGAAGAAGUCUCCUGGAAAGAGCAAAAGCCCCAAGAGUCCCAAGCAAGGCUUAAUCAAAGCCAUCCCUCCCCCAGGGAAGACGGAUUUAACGAUAAAACCUUUGCUCCCGCUGAGUGAGAAGGUAGAGAAAGAGAACAUCCUUCUAAAACCGAGCGACGCCAUGGUGCUGGAAUCUGAGAAGUCACCUGUCGAUCCCCCGCUCAGGAAGCUGGAGCUACCGGACAACACCAUUGAGGAUUCUAUCGCCGCCGUGAUCGCUAGGGCUUGUGCGGAGAGGAAGCCCGAUCCGUUUGCCUUUUCCUCGGGCUCGGAGUCUGAGGGCGAUGGCUUCUCGAGUCCACGGAGGCUUACCAUAUCGGAACCCACGACACAAAAGCUGCCAGGUGGUGCGAACAGCUCAUCCACGCCGCUCCCUCAAAAUGUUGGUGCAACAUUGACUGGUAACUCAUGGACGAUGGAUGAUUCCAUCGAUGAGGUCUUACGGAAAGUGAACCAGGGAUGUCCUUCCGGCACCCCCCCAAAUCCAGCGUAUAUUUCAUCGCCUUCAGCGUCUCCGCCAACUCCGGAACCCCUCCUGAAGAUGUAUGAGGAGAAGAACAAACUGGUGGUGUCCACGGAUAUCAAGAAGAAGCUGAAGAAGGAACUCAAGAGCAAGAUUAAAAAGCGGGAGAAGGAGAAACAGAGGGAGAAGGAGCGAGACAAGGGCAAGAGCAAAGAGAAGAGCAAAGAGAAGAACAGGGACAAGGAACGAGAACUUUCUAAGGAAGCCAGGCAGCCCUGGAAAGACCUCUCCUCCAAGGAGGACGAGCAGAGGGACCUUCUCAAGCCCCGAGACAUUACAGAGUCAGAUGUACCCAAGAUGAAAUCUAAAGAUGGUGGUGGCUCCAAGAAGGAGAACAAGCACAAAGACAAGAAGAAAGAUAAAGAGAAGAGUAGGAAGGACAAAGAGAAGAGGGACAAGAGCAAAGACAAAACCAAGGAAGACCGGCAAAAGUCUACGGCCUCGCUCCUACUCGGCCUGAAGGAGGCGCCCCUGCCACUGUUCAGCCCCGCAGCCUGCCUGAAGCUGCCCUCCAUGCUGCCACCGCUGCCCCCCAUCCUCCCCGACAAAGCCCCCCAGGACAAGUCGAAGGACAAGGAGAAGAAGAAAGACAAGAAGGAGAAGAAGAAAAAGAAGGACAAGGACAAAGAAAAGGACCGGGAGAAGGAGAAGGAGAAGGAGAGGGCGAGAGAAAGGGAGAGGGAAAAAGAGGAGAAGAAGAAAGAGAAAGAAAAAAGGGAAAAGGAGAAGGAAAAAGAGAAGGAGAGACACAAGCUGGAGAAGGUGAAAGCGGAGCCCCCCGUACCACUGCCCUCCCCGGUGAUCCCCCGGCUGACCCUGAGAGUGGGCGCUGGCCAGGACAAGAUAGUCAUCAGCAAGGUGGUCCCGGGCUCCGAAGUCAAGACCCCUAUAGCCAAGACCCCUGUGGCCAAGACUGCUCCGGCCAAGACUCCAACUCCCAAGACCUCGAUGCCCAAGACAACUGUUACAAAAGCUCCUUCCAAAUCCGCCCCUCCUGCUCGGCCCCGGUCACCACCCCUUGCCCCAGCCCUACCGCCACCACCCGCACCAAUGCCAGCCACGCCUCUCCCACCCCUUCCAGUGACCCCCGCCACAGCGCCGCCCCUUGGUCCCAUCCCAGUGAUCGGCUCUUUCAAAACACCGGUCCGCAGCGUGGUGACUGAAACAGUCAGUACCUAUGUGAUCCGAGACGAGUGGGGUAACCAGAUCUGGAUCUGCCCAGGAUGCAAUAAGCCCGACGACGGCAGCCCCAUGAUCGGCUGCGAUGACUGUGACGACUGGUACCACUGGCCCUGCGUCGGCUUGCUCGCAGCGCCCCCAGAGGACGUUCAGUGGUUCUGCAUUAAAUGUGACAGCAAGAGGAAGGACAAGAAGCACAAGAAACGGAAACAUAAAGUGCAUUAAAUACAGCAGCAUCAGAUAGCUGACCUGGACAGGGAGCGUAUGCAGGCUCCAAUGCUGGCCUCACUGCAGGCUCCAAUGCUGGCCUCACUGCAGGCUCCACUGCAGGCCUCACUGCGAGCCCAACUGCGGGCCCCACUGCAGGCCUCACUGCGAGCCCAACUGCGGGCCCCACUGCAGGCCUCACUGCGAGCCCAACUGCGGGCCCCACUGCAGCCCUCACUGCGAGCCCAACUGCGGGCCCCACUGCUGGCCUCACUGCGAGCCCGACUGUAGGCCCCACUGCUGGCCCCACUGCUGGCCUCACUGCUGGCCCUGUUCUGCAUCUCCAACCCUUCAAACCUGACCUUAAAACCUUCUGGCAUCCUUCAGGCCUCCCAGCUGACUGAAUAAGAGAUUCAUUCACAUGUUUUUCCGUCAUCAUUGUUGAGGUUAUUACCGAUAUCCUUAUUUUCUUCUCUCCACCCUUAUAAUUUUGCACCUUCAUGAAUCCAUUUUUAAGAAAUAACUCUCGGUAAUCCUGGGCUUCCGAUCCACCACCAGAAAAUCAGGUUCCUGUGAGAAGAUAGGAGAUGUUUGGCAUGCAACCGGUACGACUGUGGCCUACUUGGUAGCAUAAAAUAAAUGCGAUGGAUAAUGUGCCACACCCUCAGCAUUUUAUAGUCUUUUUUUUUUUUUUAGUUUUUAAGAGUUAUUUUUAAUUCAGUCCACAUCAGAAAAUAUGAGGCUUGUGAGGCAGAUUGUGAUGCAUUCAGAGACUGUGCUUGUAUAUACGUGUAUAUAGAGAUUCCCAAAGCAUACUGAUUUGAUGAGUUUUUUUUUUUUUCCUUAGACAAGCAUUUUUAACUCGACUGAUAUUUUGUAAAUAUUGUAUAUUUUUAAAUGGAAAUUCGUUUUACUUGGCUUUGUGUUAAUUGUCCCCCUUCAUUCCUGAUUUUUUUUGUAAAAUAUUUUAUUUUGCUUGAUAUUGCCUUAUUAAAGAUGAGCUGUUUCUUCAAACAAAUCCUCGAGAUGAAUCUCAUUGAUAAGGAAAAUCACAAAAUAUAGUGUUCAUUAGUGUUCAUUGUGCAGCUUAUUUGCAGUUGUAGGUGAAAUUCUUUUUGAUUGUAGUUUCUUGUUUGGUGCAAGUAAACUGCUUUUUUCAUUUGAAGACACUGUGAAACUCUUUAGUUACACAACUUUGUCUUUUUUCCCCUUUGACCUUUUUUUAUAAAACUGAUUAAAAGAUGACUAAUGUUCUGUCCCCAUAUAUUUAAUCUGUAUUUAUUGAUAAUGCGGGCAGUUUCUUCACUGUAUGGUGAAGGACCAAGAUGCAGAAGGAAAAAAAUGAGCAGAGCGAAAUUCUGGUGCCAAACCGAAAGCGAGAACGUGGGAGUUGUGACCUUUGACCUUUUGAAGUCCGGCCGCUUGAAUGGUGUUGCAGCCGAGAGCUGAACAAAAGCACGGCUUGUGCAGUGGUUCAUGAAAUGCAGGGUUACACUGAUAGUGUUAUAAUGGCAUGAAGCAUUCGUCUGCAUGAGUUAUCAACGUGCCCUUUUUAUCCCUUAAAUAUACUGAAAAUUCACCUAAUGAGAUGUGCCUUUAAUAUCCCUUACGUGGAUUGUUGAUCACCAUAGCAACGGACUUAUGGCAAAAAGGAGGAUGCUGUGGAAUGGUCCCUCGACCUCUCGCUGGUAAUGUCCCGGCCAAUGACGCGGCCGUUUGCCCCGCUGACCGAGAGCUGAGCGUGAUGUCGCUUCCUCAGAAG